AUGGAUGCCACACGCAAUACCGUCAUGAAUGUAUGCCCGGUUUGUGAUGUAGACAAGGGUAAAAAAAUCCAGAGGCACCUUGCUGAAGUCCAUGGAUAUUCACAAGAGCAAAUAGCGGAAUUUAAGACUGAGAAAAAGAACCGGAAAAUUGCCGCCUCAGGAAAGAAAGUAUAUAGCUGUGAGUACUGUGAUGCGGGAUUCAACAGUACCAGUGGGCUGACCCGACAUAGAACCACAAAGCACGCUGACGAGUAUUCACCACCAACUAUCCUGUGUCCCAUAUGCAGAGAGACCGUCAGAAGUCACCGUGAGCUCGCAGAGCAUGCCCAUCAACAGCAUGCUGAAGACUCAGACGAAUUUGUAGUGGAAACAGUCGCUUUCCAGAAUGUACAAGAUUACCAGAGUUGGAAGUUAGCAUCAGAGGAAGCAGGUGUAAUAAGUCGUUUCGUAACAAGGACUAAGAUUACGGAGCAGGCCAAAGUCACCUAUCUCCGCUGUCACUGCUCGUAUCACUGUCCAGCUUCGCGACCUGAAAAAACGAAAAAGUCUGUGAUGCACUGCACAGCAUAUAUGAAUGUGACGGAAAGGAUUGAUGGUGUGACAGUCGAACACUGCCUCACCCAUCUCGGACAUGAAGCUCGUCCAUCUCAGCUGAGACUAGAUGAGAGUGCUAAAAAACAACCUCAUGCUAUGGAUGUACAGUCUUCCGGACCUGCGUUUCCGGACGGUUCUAUUACAAAGAUAACUUACCACAACUUUCUCACCUACGACGAUGUGGUUUGUAUACCUGGACCCCAUUUGAACGUCAUUAUUGGAACUAAUGGAGCCGGCAAAAGCACUGUGAUUUGCGGAAUCUGUUUGGCAGUAGGAGGCAGUCCUAAAGUGCUUGGUAGAUCUGAAAGAAUGGGAGACUAUAUUAAACAUAGGCGCGAUGAAGGCUUUGUGGAAGUGCAUAUCGCCGACUCUCGAAAAGGGGAACAGAGCAUCAAAGUUCUUCUUCAAAGGCCCAGUAGUUGUACCUACUUCAUUAAUGGGACACGCACUACGCAAAGAGCUGUUCGCGACUUCGUUGCUUCGUACAAUAUCCAGAUUGACAAUCCUUGCACAUUCCUUGCUCAAGACAAAGUGAAGAGUUUUUCAGAGCAAAGUUCGGUUGAGUUGCUCAUGAAUACAGAAAGGGCAGGAAAUCCAGCUUUGCUGGAAACGCACGAAAAUCUAAUCAAGAAGAAGAAACACGAAAGUGUUUUCAUUCAGGAUGCUCGUCUGAUCCAGCAACGUCUUCAUUGCAUAGAAGGAGAAAUCGAGGCGCUCCUUCCCCGUGUUGAGAAUUAUAAGAAAAAAGAAUCCCUCCGUACGAAGAUAAAAGUUCUUCAAAAAAAGAAAGCUGUCUUGGACUUCAAGGAAUCUGAAGGACAUUUUUCCAUCGAGGAGGCAGCCAUGGACGAGUUACAAGCAAAGGUUAAGGAACAGGAAAAGCAAGUGCAACAACUCAAGAAAAAAGCUGAAAAAGAAACGACACUGGAAGAGGAAUAUCACAAGAUGCAUGCUGAUAUUGAGCGCCAAAUGCGUAUCAAGAGAGAUGAUUUGUGCACGAUGAGGAACAUAAAUUUGUACGAUGAAAAGGUUGCCCUGUUUUUGGUUUUUGUCAGUAAUUUGCGGUAUUUUUAUGUUCGCGAUGCUUCUGAACGAUUCAAACGUUUGAAAACACAAAGCGAUAAUUGGGAAAAGGAAAUGGAUCAGAUGAAAAGGCAAGUGGAUCGAAUCAGAGAGAAUGUAGCUGAUGCUAGAAAGGAGUUGGAGGGAUAUGAGGAGUUCAGAAGGGAGGCUGUAGAGAAGACACAGAAAUACGCUGAAGAAGACGAAAAUCUCUGUCGUCUAGAGGAUGAAGUAACUUUUGAAGAGAAGAGAUUAUCAGAUGAGAUAAACCGUUUGCGCGAUCGGGAAAAGCGUAUAAGUCAGGCUAUGGAGGGACGGCUGCGUAUUCUAGAAGGUAUGCGAUGCAAUAUGGCUGAUGAAGCCUGGAGGUGGUAUGAGCAAAAUCGUGAGAAAUUCCGUUAUCCGGUCUACGUGCCAAUUCUUCAUACGACGGUGCCUAACACUGAGUCGGCGAUGCUACUUGAAAAUCUUAUUGCUAUCAGAGAUUUUCCCAUGUUCAUUUUCGGGUGCAAAGCAGAUGAAGCCAUUUUAACUGAUCAGAGGCAUAAAUGGAAGCUUAAUUCCACCGUUGUUCCUUCUGAACAGGUUGACAUUUCUUCGUUGAGGACAGUGCUAAGUCCCGAAAUGAAAAAGUUCGGUUUCAACCGUUUCGCCGUUGAUUUGUUCACUGCUCCUGAUGUUGUCAAGCAAUAUUUGUGCAAUGUCGCUCGGCUGCAUCAAGUUCCUAUUGGGUCGUCGAAGACGAAUGAUGCAUAUGAGGCUAUAAAGACAGCUUUUGUGAACACUCCAUUCCGUUUGUAUCUCACGGACAGGUAUAGGGUCCAAUUUACUGUAUCCAAGUACGGGUCUCACGAGAUCAUCGGACAGCAAAGCGAGCUCAGGAUGCCAGCUAGGAUUUUCGUUGCUCAUUCGUCAAACUUUGACGAAAGUAAGAAACUUGAUGCUGAGAAGCAGGAUCUUCGAAGCAAGGAGAAGGAGCUAUAUAACCGUCGAACUCAGUUGAAGGAAGUAAGAGCCACACUUCAAAAGGAAAAGGAAGCCCUAAAGUGCGACCAGUUAGAAUGGAGAAAUCGCCGGGACAAUCUGGUCAAUCUUGAGCGUUCUUUAAGCAGUCGAGAGAGCAAGCUUGAGUCUCUCAGCGCUGGUCGUCCGGAUAUUGAGCACGCGCGAGCUGCUCUUAAUGAGGCCAAAACUAAUGCCAGCAGAGAAGUUCACAAAAUGGUCCUCAAAAUGUUGACCAAAAUGGGCCAGUUACGCGCCAUUUACGUGGAUGACUCUUUGCUGAGAAUAGCGUUACAAGGACUACGCGAAACACUGAGCAAAGCUGAGAGCCAACUUCAUGAUGCCCAGCAGAAAUUGCAAGACAAUUUGGCGCUGCUUGAGGGACGAGCAACGCGUUUUCGCGAGGUCAUGAGGGAACUUGCACGGGCUAAGGAAGUGCUGCAAGAACAAUGUGGCAUAAGCACCAUUGACCCUGACAAAAUAACUCAGGAAGAGGGAAAUAUCCUGGAACAACUCGAAAAGCUGUUUGUCCAGAAGAAGAUUCCCGAUGACAAAGAAGCCGUUUCUCGGCUUCUUGAGGAAGAAAAAGUGAAACUUGACAUCGCUAGCGUGGAUGGAAGCAAAGACGACGUUGACCGUUUUGAGAGUCUGAGUGUGGAGAAGGUUAACUUGUUGGAGAGAAAGCAGCAGCAAGAAUCAACGAGGGAGUCAUGGAAGACUACACUAAUUAAGGAAAUCACGAAUUGGAAAGAACCUGUGGAGGAACUCAUACGUAACAUCAAUGUCAAUUAUUCCAAAUUUUUCGCAUUGUUGGGCUGUGCCGGAGAAGUUUAUUUAGAUAUUCCUGAAGAUCCGCUCAAUGUUUCGGAAUAUGGUAUUAUGAUCAUGGUUAGCUUCCGAGCAGGUGAACGACUACGACGGCUUGAUCACCAGGUUCAAUCGGGUGGUGAACGUAGUGUUUCCACUAUGUUGUAUCUUUUGGCCCUCCAGGAGCUAUGCCCUGUACCUUUCCGAUGCGUUGAUGAGAUUAAUCAAGGAAUGGAUCCAGUGAACGAGCGGAAGGUAUUCGAUAUCAUGGUGGAUACCCUGAGUGGAGAGGGGAAUCUUGCCAAAACACAGUAUUUCCUGUUAACUCCGAAGUUGCUUCAUGGCUUGAGGUUCAACCGAAAAGUUACUGUUCAAAUUGUGCAUAACGGUGCAACAUUGAGUGAAAAUUGUCGUAAUUGGGAUCCGAAACAUUUUCUUUCCAUCAUGCAGUCUCGUUCGAACACUUGUUCAAGAUAG